AUGUUUUAGAGAUAAGACUGGCACAAACAAAAUUAAUUUUAUUUUUGAGUCAUAUAUCGUUCUAUUCUAACCAGUUAAUUAUAAAAAGUUGCAAUAUAAUUAUUUUAAUCAAGACUAUAAUGAAAUGGAUAAUUUUAAUCCUUCUGUACCCAACAAUACAAUGCCAAGAGGACGAAAAUUUGGAAAUCGUGUCCAAGACUCGGACAUCCUACCUGCAGAAGUAUGGGGGCUACGUCGAUGUCGUCGUGAUGCACGUAGAAGUCCCUUCAGAGGUGUCUUUUGCAUCACUUAAAUUUACGGCAGAUGAGACCAAGGCCUCGAUAUUUGGUUGUAACCCACGGAAAGUAUUGAUGUACAUGAAACACAAAUCUUUGCCGGUGAUCAAUCCAGACGGGUCAAAAUUCCCAGACAGUUUUAAAAACAUUACAAGGUCACAUUAUUUUUACCUUGAGUUGAUGAGUGACAAAACUGUGAAAUACUUGAAUUUAACGUCACCCGAUCCAGGGUGUUAUUUUAUUACCGCUUUUUUGCCAUAUAAUGACCCCAAGCACGAGUCCAUCCAACCACCAGAGUUAACCCCGGAAUGCUACGCUUUUGUGGAAACCACCCUAUACAUAAAACGACGUCCUAGCGCCGGCCAGAUCGUAGAAGGCGCCUCAUAUAACGUCGAAACCUUCACUUCGCACAGCAUUCUUUAUACAUUCUUCAUCCCCGAAUUCGUUACACACGCCACUUUCCUUGUAGACAAUAUCUCCUUCGCAAAGACUGCAACUCGUCUUAUAAUUCGUAUCCAAUCCCGUUCCAUCCCAUCUGAAAACAGUACAAUCAAGACUGAAAUAAUAGAGUCCUCUUUUAUCGACAAGUCUGUCACUAUUCCCUUCAACACGGAAGAGGAUAACUGGCAUUACAUCGAAUUUCUCUUUGAGGGUCCUGCUUCACCUACCGAAAGUAAAUCUAGUCUCAAAUUCACUCUCAAGUAUUUCGCAGAAGACUCUGAAAGGACGUCUAAUAAUUCAGUUUGGCGAAUAUUCAAUAGCGAUCAAAUCACGAAAGUGAUCAAAUACAAGCAGUACGACUUAGUAAGGGAAUCUAGUACUGAAAGCUUCUCAUAUUCAUACGAACUGAGACAAAAAUUUACGAUUUCAUCAAAUGUUGCUGUUAAUUUGACCAAUAAGGAAUUAGCAGUGCUUCAGUUUAGGCUCCGGGAACAUGCGGAUAUUGGGGGGACCUUGCAAUUUAUCCUGGCGUUCAAACCACGCAUCAAUAAAAUCAAGAGAAUAAUCGAGGCCGAGCCCGAAGAAAACAAAAUCAUUGCUUGUAUUCGGCCUGAGGCUCCAGAGUUGCCAACUUGGCCCAAUUUGUGCAAUUAUGACGAUACUGAUAAUGUGGCUCCCCUGAUAGUGGGUAAAUCUAGUGAUAAUUCCUCUAUGAUGAUCCCCUAUCCCGAAUCGGGGGUUUGGUAUGCAACCUUCAAAUUGUUCUGUGGCGAAUGUGUGCCUUGCAGUUGUCCUAAUGAUUGUCAAAAGAAGUUCAAAGGGUGUGUCAGGGACUGCCAAGCGAUUUGUGUGAACAAAGAGACUUGCAACAAUUGUUCACUGGACUGCAAGACUGAAGUUGUCAAUUCCAACGGUUGUGCGAAAUGUGACUGUGAUGGGCCUUGUCUCAGGAGUAAAAAAGAGUGCAAUUCUAGUGUACUUUUCGAUAUUUCGUCAACGGCGUGUGCUAACAAUUGCGGUAAACACGGAAGAUGCAUGUUUAUGGUCUGCGAUGGCGUUGUGUAUGCUACUUGUGUGUGCACAGACAAUUACAGAGGUUGGGAUUGCUCCGACGACUCUCAAGCCACUCCAUACUAUAUGAUCGUCAUCGAGCUUCUUUUGUUAGUCCUCAGCAAUUUGAUGUUUUUGCCAACGGUGUAUGUAGCAUAUCGACGCAAAUACUACGUCGAAGCUAUCGUUUAUUUCGCAAUUUGUUUCUUCUCGACCUUCUACCACGCCUGUGAUGCCGGUGAAAAUUUAAUUAGUUUCUGUAUCACUCGCUUGGGGGCGCUGCAGUUCGCCGAUUUCUACUGUGCCCUUCUGGCUAUUUGGGUUACAUUAAUCGCAAUUGCUGACUUGCCGUCUUAUUGGCCGACUAUGUGUCAUAUAACCGGCGCUAUUAUAUUGUCUUUCACGACGACUAUAAAUAAAACUGGAAUUUGGGGGUUUCUCUUGCCGGUUGUUUCGGGUCUUGUAAUCAUAGCGAUAAAUUGGUUUUUAAAAUGGAAGAGAGUUAAACAGUUGUUUUUGCACAAGAGGUAUUUGUAUAUUUUUAUACCGUUGGGAGUCUUCGUGGUUUGUGUCGGGCUGACUAUUUUCAUAUUUCUGGAAACGUCAAAUAAUUAUAAGUAUUUGCAUAGUCUGUGGCAUGUUUUGAUGGCUGUUGGUGUUAUGAUAUUGUUGCCACAACCAAAUACGUUCCAACCAGAAACGGUGUUGUAAUUUUCGUCCAAUUUCUCUUUAAGAUAAAAAAUGCAUUGUGUUAAUUUAAUCGUCGAGUGCUAUCAAAACUAAAAAAUGAGACAUCAUUGCCAUUCCGUUGAUAUUAAGUGUAAAACUUGCCACUAAUCUAACAGUGUCUGAAUAAAGCCGUGGUCAAGAGUGCUCUAAAAAUUUUAUGAGCGUAUGUGUAAUAACGUCUAUACCUGUCAGUUAUCUGUCAAAUUUACUAUUUUUUGAAUACCUACCUUGCGUUAAAUAUUGAUUAAAAUCAAUUCUGUCUAGAACAGACUAGAAGUCAGAAUUAAUUGACCGCGUUUUUAUUCAGACAUAUUAGUUGUCAGUUUCAGACAUUUUGGACGAUUUGAAGAUUUUGAAAAGCCAUAUUUGACAUUAAAGCUAAUGAAUUUUCUAAAAUUCUUUUCGAUGUCACAUUUUUUGGUCCGCAAUGGUACAUGUUGAAUUUUUUCAGGGACCGCUUCGAACAAAGAUUUAUAGCUAUAAAGUAUGAGUUGCAUAUAAGUUUUCUCUCUUAGCUAGCGACUUCUUUAUCCAAAGUUGCCUUCUACUAAUUAAGAUUAAAAAACUGUAAACGUAAUAACAGUCCUUCAAUAUUUUACUCAUAUUACAAAUUAUACAAAAUGUGAUUUCAUUUAAGAAAUAUAAAUCCGUAGAGAUUACCUUUUACAACCACUAUUUGUUAGGAUACUUUUUCAAGAUGUUAGAUGUUAUUUAGAUUUUUUAUUAUUUAUUAAAAUAAAUGCCAACAAUGAAAUAGUAAAAUGUGUAUAAUUAAGAAAUAAAAAAUGAGUACCUACCCCCAUCUGCCGUAAUGAACAAAAUUCAGACGAUUAACUGUUCAGUCACUAUUUUAGGGGUUACUAUUGUUUUUAUAAAUAAUAAUUUAACACUUUAUAUCACAGCAUAUUGUUAUUUUUUUCCC